AACCACUACUACGCAAAAAAAAAAAAUCCCCCUCCCAUCUUGAUUGAGUCUUCUCCUCACGUCCGGAGGUAUAAUAUUUCUCCGCUCGAAACGCGGCGCGACACACCCACUAUCUACCACUACCGUACGUACAUUGAUUAAGCGGCACCAUUCGAUACCGUCGUACCUAGCACGGCCGCCGGAGGAAUUAUGGCAAACAUGACUACGCCCAAAGAGGUCUACAACUGGCGGAUAUACUUCACGGGGGUCUGUGCCUGUGCGGGCUCGCUAGUGUUUGGCUAUAACAUUGGGGUGAUCGGGGGCUGCAUCGCGCUCCCAUCGUUCCACCGGGACUUCAACCUGGCGCCUCUGAAUACCGCCGAGUACAGUUAUGUCGCGGCAAACAUUGUCUCCGCCAUGCAGGGCGGCGCGUUCUUCGGCUCCAUGGGAACUUUCCCAAUCACGGAGAAGAUUGGCCGGAGGUUCUCGCUCACUAUUGCUUCGCUGAUGUUUUUCCUGGGGUCUUUGAUAAUGACAUUUUCCUACGGCUCUUUGCCGAUGAUGUACGCGGGACGUUUCAUUGGCGGACUCGGCGUCGGUUCGGUAUCGCUUCUGGUACCCAUGUACAUUAGCGAGAUCUCGCCGCCGGACAUCCGCGGCUUCCUCGUCGGUAUGUGGGAGAUCGGGGGGCAGUUUGCAUCACUCGUGGGGUUCUGGGCGAACUUCGCCGUGCUCAGCUCUAUGCCCGAGUCCCAGAGUCAGUGGAUGCUCGCGCUGGGUAUUCAGCUGAUCCCAGGCGGCCUGCUCUUCCUCGCGAGCGUCUUCGUCCUCCCCGAGAGCCCCAGGUUCCAUAUCAAGAAAUUCAGGCCGGAGAAGGCACUCAAGACUUUGACGUGGCUGAGACAGCUCCCCGCCGAUCACGAGUACAUCAUCAACGAGCUGCGGGCGAUGCAGGAGCAGGUUGACCGCGACUUGGUGCAGGCACCGUCGAAGCUCAAGAUGAUGCGCGAGCUCUGCUGGAAGGGAAAUCGCAACCGGCUGGGGUUGGGAAUGAUGUUGAUGAUCUGCCAGAACUUGACCGGUAUCAAUGCGCUUAACUAUUACUCUCCAUCCAUCUUCCGCUCCAUCGGCUUCACGGGGGUAUCAGUGAGCCUCUUCGCGUCCGGCAUGUGGGCGCUGAUCAAGACGGCUGCGACGAUUCUCUCGCUGCUAUUCCUCGUGGACCGCCUCGGACGGCGCAAGCUCCUCCUUAUCGGCGCGUCGGGGGCUGCCGUGAUGAUGCUGUACAUCGGCAGCUUCAUCACGGCGUCAAAGGUGGACCCACAAUCGCCGGGCGAAAAGACGCCGGCCGCGUGGCUCGCCAUCGUCAGCCUGUACGUCUACGCGGUGUUUUUCUGCAUCGCCUGGAACUCGAUCCCGUGGAUCUACUGCGCCGAGAUCUUCCCAAACCGUCUGCGGAGUCUGUGUGUCAGCAUCACUACGUGCACCCAGUGGCUCGGACAGUUCGCCAUUGCCAGGGCGACCCCGUACAUGCUCACCGACAUCAAGGGCGGCACGUAUUUUUUCUUCGGUGGGUGUUUGAUCGCAAUGAUCGUGUGGGUCUGGUUCUACGUGCCAGAGACGAAGGGAAUCACCCUAGAGAAUAUGGAUUUGCUGUUUGGCGUGCCGAAGCAAAGAGGGACCGGCGAAGAGGCGGGGAGGGAUGGGCCCGGAGAUGAUUAUAAGGCGAAGCUGGAGGACGUUGAUGCGAAGGAGGCGGUGGAGAAGAUUGCGGAUGAGGGAUUUGAAGCGGGUAGGCGGCACAUCGAGAAGUAGAUAGAUAUAGAUACCUAGAGUCGGUUACGUAUGUAUGUAACCGCGAGAUCGGCGUUGAAGCGGGGGGUUUAUGGAGAGGACGGGCCA